UCGACGACGCGAAGACUUGUGACAUAGCCUUCUCCCUUGGCCCCCCGCCACCUCUCCCUGUUUCCAUCCCUACCUCGCCUCUCUUCUCCCCUAAAACAUCGACGAGAACUCGCCGACACAUGGAUUCCACACCCGCUCUCUCGCCUGCUGCGCCGCUCCGUUGCCUCUCAACCGCCGCCGACGCCACCGCCACCCCUAUUUCCAUCGGAAUCGCCAUUCCCACCAUCGUUUGUUGAAUCGUUCGACGUCUCCUCACCGAUCCUGUGUAAGACGGUUGAUCACUCUCUGGGCUUUGUUGUUUUUGUUGUUCCUCCACUUGACAAGAGGAAGAUAGAAGAGAACGGAGGAUGGCGUCUUUACUGAUAACGAACCACAACUUGUCAUCGGCCGAUGCCGCGGCGGCUCUUAGAUCUCGGCUGAAGCCUUUUCGUGCGGCAUACGACUCCUGCCAAAGGACUAGAAGAUGGAGAUCUCCAAAAGCUGCCAUCAUCCAUACUAUUCACCUCCCUAUGCGCAGCUUAGAAUUUAACAGGACAUCUGUUGACGAUAUCAAAUGCUUAAGAUUAAUCACAGCCAUCAAGACCCCAUACCUGCCUGAUGGGAGAUUUGACCUUGAAGCGUAUGACUCCUUGAUGCACAUGCAGAUUGUUAACGGUGCUGAAGGUGUAAUAGUUGGAGGUACCACGGGAGAGGGUCAUCUCAUGAGCUGGGACGAACACAUUAUGCUCAUUGGACACACUGUCAAUUGCUUUGGUUCAUCAGUCAAAGUCAUCGGGAAUACCGGAAGCAACUCCACGAGAGAGGCAAUCCAUGCAACUGAGCAAGGUUUUGCCGUAGGAAUGCAUGCUGCAUUGCAUAUCAAUCCUUAUUAUGGAAAGACAUCCAUGCAAGGAAUGGUCUCGCAUUUUGAGACUGUCCUUUCAAUGGGCCCAACAAUCAUAUACAAUGUGCCAUCGAGAACAGGGCAGGAUAUUCCUCCUGCAGUUAUACAGCAAGUCUCCCUGAAUCCUAAUAUGGCAGGUGUUAAGGAGUGCAUGGGAAAUGACCGAAUCAAAGAUUAUGUAAAUAAAGGGAUCACGAUAUGGAGCGGAAAUGAUGAUGAGUGUCAUGAUGCUAGGUGGGCAUCUGGUGCCACGGGGGUUAUUUCUGUUGCUAGCAACCUCAUUCCAGGUUUGAUGCACGAGAUCAUGUUUCGAGGGAGGAAUCCUUCACUGAAGGCGAAGGUGAUGCCUCUCAUAAAAUGGCUGUUCCGAGAACCAAACCCUAUUGGUCUUAAUACUGCUCUUGCACAGCUUGGUGUGAUUAGACCAGUUUUCAGGUUGCCUUAUGUUCCACUUCCUCUGGAGAGGAGACUUGAAUUCCUAGGCAUCGUGGAGGCGCUCGGGCGUGAGAAUUUUGUGGGAGAAAAAGAUGUACAGGUUCUUGAUGACGAUGACUUUGUAUUGUUAGGUAGGUACUAGUGCAUGGUCUGCUUAAGUUUAGAGAAUACAUUGUAUCUGGUAACAUCUAAUGGGGCUUAAAUUUUGUUUGAUUUGUGAUGGGAAAUUAAAGAUGGAGUGAAAAAGGUAGUUAUCUUUCUUAAUGUUUCUCUCAAAAGAAAAGCUAUCUUUGUUAAUACCAUCUGUAUACUGUAUGUUGAGAUAUUUCAACGUUCAUGUUCUUCC